AUGAACUUCGAGAAACUCGGGACAGAUCUACGCGAGACGCUAUCUUUGACGCGAAACAGGCAAGCCAUUCGCCGUUCUUUACAGUCGCAGAGCCCUCCUUUGACACUACUUGACUCGAACAUCCGAGAUUAUAAGACAGAUGGCUUAGACUGCCUGAUUGUGCUGGUUCGCCAUAUCUACAGUGAAGUCCUAGACGUCUACUACUCUGGCGAGGAAAACAAGACCGCAGAGGAAAAGAACCCAAUCCUUGCCCUUGCUUGGUUGGAUAUUGACCCUGAAGACAAGAAAGCUUGGGCUGAUUGCAAGCGGCAUGUCUUGGAAGUCCUUAACCCAGCUGAAGGAGGAACCAUUCAAACCUGCUUUGCUAGUCUCGUCAACUCUCCUCUCAUGAACGAGACUUUUUGGAGCCAGGAUAUCCACAUUCUUUUUAGAGCCUGCUUGGAGAAGUCGCUGGAGGCCAACUCUAGAUGGCGCCAUGCAGACCUAGGGCCCAAUCCCCGUGCUGCCAUGGUCGAAUUAAGCACUAUCGUGGCUGAUCGCAACGCUAAGCCGGACUGGACCUUCAGACAAUUCGUUCGAUCACCUUUCAAGAUAUUGAAGAAGCACGACAAACAACAGCUGAAUAUGUGCGCUGCGCCCGCUAUCAUCCGCGUGCAUCUCAAGACCAACAAGGAUGUCGAACCUUUCCCAUUCUCGACACUGAAGAACUUCCAGAUCGAUAUUGCUGGAGUCAACGGAUCCGAGCCUAUCGUAAAAGACAUGCUAUGUGGCUACACAUUGAUUGCAUCUGUCUCACUGAAAGAGCAACGUAUCAGAACAUAUAGGCCUCUUGGCGAAGAGAUCGUGAGAGGGACGGGGUACCUAGGCAGAAGAUGGAGUCUUGAGAACAGGGAAGAUGGCGAGUUUAUGUUGUUCUACCGUCGCUCUGAUGACGCAGUGGCGGAUUCUUACACCCCUGAAACGGUCACGAUCCCAAAAGAAAUGCCGACUUUGGCCAUCGUCAACAAUGCUCUUCAAGAAGAUAUCGACAGGAGGAGGGCACAGCGAGCAGCCGAACGAGAAGAAGAUGAGAGAGCGCAGAUGGAGCACUGA